UAUCAUGAUUUGCAUGUAACUUAAUUUCAUAACAGAAUGACGAUAUCCUUUAGCAACUCAACUGCAAAAAUUUGCCUUCUUUUUCUUGUACUUGACUCAUUUUUCCUGCUCAAAGCUAUCAGUGAUGAUAAUACAGAAGUUAUAAACAUUGGUGCAAUCAUUGAUGUACAUUCAAGAAUUGGGAAGGAAGAGAAAACUGCCAUGGAUAUAGCUGUUCGGAACUUUAACAACGCCUCAAGAAAACACAUAUCUCUUCACUUCCAAGACCACCAAAGGCAGCUCCUCCAAGCUGCUCAAGCUGCUGAAAGAUUGAUAAAAAAGAAGGCAGUGAAAGCAAUUAUUGGUAUGGAUAUAUGGGAAGAGGCAGCUUUAGUUGCUGAUAUUGGAAGUCAAGCUCAAGUUCCUGUGUUUUCAUUUUCUGCACCUGCUACUACACCGCCAUUAGCGCAAUCUCGUUGGCCUUUCUUGGUGAGAAUGGUUUACAAUAAUUCUGAACAAAUGAGAUGCAUUGCAGAACUUGCUCGGUUGUAUAAUUGGAGGAGGGUUGUAACAGUUCAUGAAGAUAAUACUAAUGGUGGUGAUUUUGGGGAGUUAAUACUUCUAUCUCAGGCUCUACAAGAGGUUGGUUCACAGAUUGAGCACAGCUUAGUUCUUCCACCAUUUUCUUUACCAUUUGAUCCAAAAGAAAUUAUAAAAGAAGAACUAACAAAGCUGCAAGAAGUAAAAUCACGGGUUUUUAUCGUUCUUCAAACAUCAUUGCCUUUGGCAAUACAUUUGUUAAGAGAAGCUAAAGAGAUGGGAAUGGUAGGGAAAGACUCGGUAUGGAUACUUACAGACACAGUUACAAGUUUCCUCGACUCAGUCGACACUUCUGUUAUUCACACCAUGGAAGGUGCUCUAGGAAUCAAGACCAACUAUUCUGAUAGUAGCAGUGAAUACAAAAGUUUCUAUUCCCAGUUCCGGCGAAAUUUUAGCUCUACUUAUCCUGAAGAAGAUAAUUUCGAUCCAGGGUUUUAUGCUCUACGAGCAUAUGAUAGCAUUACAACAAUCAUAAAGGCGAUGGAGAGAAUGUCUAGUAACAUUAGUAAUUCUAAAGUGUUCUUGAACGACAUCUUAUCAAGUAAUUUCACUGGUUUAAGUGGUCAGAUACAUUUCAGAUCAGGAGAGUUACUGCAUAGUCCUAAACUGAGGAUUGUGAAUGUAGUUGGAAAGAAAUAUAAGGAGAUAGACUUCUGGUUGCCGAAGUUUGGAUUCUCAAAAGGCAGAAAAGAUGAUGAAGAUGAAAAUGGUGGUGGUAGUAUGGGAUUAGAAGGUCCAGUGAAUUGGCCUGGGGACCUAAAACGGAUCCCAAAAGGCUGGGCAAUGCCUUCAAAUGCAAAACCAAUGAUUAUUGGUGUUCCAGGAAGAACAUCAUUUGAGAAAUUCGUGAAAGUAGUGAACGCAAGUGAGAAUAGAUAUGAUGGUUAUUGCAUUGAACUCUUCCGCAAGGUGAUAGAGGUAUUGGGUUAUAAUCUAUAUCACAGAUUUGUACCGUAUAAUGGCAUCUAUGACGAUCUGGUGAAUCAUCUAUAUAACAAGACAUAUGAUGCCAUUGUCGGAGAUAUCACAAUACUAGCUGAAAGAUCAGACAAAGUAGAAUUCACCCAACCAUAUGCAGAAUCAGGGCUGUCAAUGGUAGUUACUGUCAAGUCUGAAGAGUCGGCCUGGAUGUUUAUGAAGCCAUUUACUUGGGAAAUGUGGGCGGUCACUGGUGCCAUCUUGAUCUACACAAUGUUCAUAGUUUGGUUUUUGGAGCACCAAACAAAUCCUGAAUUUAGAGGUCCAUGGAAGAAUCAGAUGGGCACUGCAGUUUUGUUCACUUUCUCUUCUCUUUUCUUUGCUCAUAGGGAGAAAGUUUACAGUAACCUCACUCGCUUGGUGGUUGUAGUUUGGCUAUUUGUUGUCUUGAUUUUAAAUUCAAGUUACACUGCCAAUUUAACUUCAAUGCUUACAAUCCAGCGACUGCAGCCAAAUGUUACUGAUAUUGAGUGGUUAAAAAGAAACAAUUUACCAGUCGGAUGUGAUGGGGAUUCAUUUGUAAGAAAAUACCUAGAGAAUGUGCUGCAGUUCAGACCAGAGAAUAUCAAGAACGUUAGUAGUGAAUACAGUUACCCCGGAGAGUUUCAAAAGAAAACAAUCUAUGCUGCUUUUCUGGAACUACCAUAUCAGAAAGUUUUCAUGAACCAUUACUGCAAGAACUACAUUGCCAACACACCAACCCAUAGAUUUGGAGGAUUAGGCUUUGCAUUUCAGAAAGGGUCCCCAAUUGCAGCUGAUGUUUCAAAAGCCAUAUUGAAGCUAUCAGAGGAUGGAAGCCUGAAGAAAUUGGAAGAUAAGUGGUUCACUCCAUCAUCACAAUGUGCUAGCAAUGCAAAUGAUAACAGAAAUGAAAGCUUGAGCCUGCAAAAUUUCUGGGGUCUAUACCUUAUAUCUGGUGCCACCUCUACCAUUUGUUUUCUACUAUUUCUAAUUCACUUGCUAAAGAAGUAUUGGCAUGACCAAAAUGUAGAACAACCCAAACCCGUUUUCUCUCCAUCACUUGAUGUUCAUCAAUUCUUCUCUUCAAGUUGGGACUCCACCAAUUCUAGCAUUCAAGACAGUCUUUCAGCCUCUACUGCUGCUGAGGUAGAAGUUCUGAAUAUUCCUGAGAAUCUUCAAAGUCCUGAUCAACAACUGAAAUCAGACGUGUAAAAUUCCAGUCACUGACAUCUCAUAAGGAGAAAAUUCUAACUGUAAAAUUCAUUAAAUUUUAAGUCAACUUAAAAGAUGUAUAGUUUAGAUGUAUUAGUAGUUUGGAUAUUAUGGAUAUUUUAGGGUGUAUCUUCAAACUAGUGUAAGCAAAAGAAAAACAUAGAUUUAAAUAAUAGCAAUUCAGUUAAUUGCAGGUCUUGUGGCAAAUGGAGCUUUUACUUAUGUGCUGUCCCUCAAACUGUCAAAGAGGAGAUAUUGCAGACCUUGCAAUUCUGUGAGGGAGAGUUGCCUGUAAGAAAUACCUUGGGAUCUCUUUUCUUUCAACUAGAUUGGAUAAUAAGCAUUGUGAAGGGCUGGUCCGUAUAAUUAUUAAAAGGAAUUCAAUCCUGGACUAUUUAGCACUUGUCAUAUGCAGGAAGGAUUUAGCUGGUUAAUGCUGAAUUGAGAAGCGUGAUUACUUAUUGGCAUUUCCAUUUUCAUUUUGCCAAAAGCUGUUCAGCUUUAGCGAAGUUUUAGUUGAGAAUGACCAUGAUGCUUCUAGCAAAGGAGGGUUAGUGGCUUCAGCUUCGCUUGUAAAAAUAAGAACCAAAGGGGCACAGGCAUUAAAUAUAUGAUUAAUUUGGAAUCAAGAUGCAGAAAUCAAACAUGUCUGGGUUUGGUGACUGGUAAGCAUUGUCUUUGGGUCACAUGGGUUAUAGCUAACAUAUUAGAAAAACCUCAGUUUUGGGGUAUUAACGAAUCAUGCAAGUUGGAUAUGGAGAAAUCUUCUUCCGUUCAAUAUUUAAUGAUAUGUUUUUGUUCAA